UUUUCUUGUGGUUUCAGAGCGAGAGCAACUGGCCAGAGUCUGGCCACACGCUCACCAGAGGCACGAUGUUGUCCACACAAUAGGGACGGCCAUGGACCAGGUUGACCAUCCGCCCAUAAUUGGGCAGUGUCACGAGCCCUACCCGGCGGCUCCUACGCGGCGUCAUGGGCACUGCGCUCGUGGCCACGGUGGCUGUGGCAGCCCUACACGCAGUGGGAGCCAAACAGAUACACAACUUUGCAGGUCCUUGGGACGCCUGGCUUGAGAGAGCCGACAUGUGCAAUGCGAAUGCGGAUGACGAGAGGAUACAAGUGAAGUUUUCGCACUACAACCCCAACAAAAAGUUUGUACCACAGACGUGGAGCGGCUUCGCCAAUUUAUCGCGAGAAAUGGAUGACAGUUGGUGGGUCAAGGCUCCUUUGGCAAUUCGCAGCAACAACCAGUGGAAAGAAAAUGCUUUCGUGUUCUACUUCCCGACGAAAGGCUGCAGCAACGGCAGAGAUAUCGCUCCAGCGUGCUUGAAACCGUUCUUCACCAAGGCCGGCACACCCUGCCUAAUCAAGCAGCAAGUGAUACAAUUCCAAAAUACCACGAUGCCAAUGGAAUUUCCAAAGCUUCCACGCCUGGUAUAUGGCUACUACCGUCUAGAACUGAGCGCAGGGCCGAAAAAUAAAAAGUCAGAGUAUUGCGUGAACGCUAUGGUCCAUAUUAUCCCUAAAGUGUGAAAUACACACAGAUCAAGUGGACACAUUUCUAUGGAGGGCUCGGAUUCAAGAAUAAAAAUUCAAUUGAAAGGACGAUAUGGGAAUGUGGUGUUUGAAGUUGGCCAAAAUUUCAGUAUUUCACCUUUUUACUUUUGAAAACAAUAAAGUAGUGUUUAAGAAA